AUGCAGCUACAGAUCUACUUUAGUCGUAGAAAAGAAACCAGUAUCAGCGUUACUAUUACGAGUGAUACCGGAAAUUGUAAAAGCUACAACAAUAGAACUAAUAACAAUAGCGGUAAAGAUAACGAUGGUUGGUCCAUAAACAACAACAGUCGUAUGGGUGUACCGCAGUGCUUGACGAAUAGCAACGAGUACCUCUGCAGGGGUACAAAACAGAAAAAUCGUACUAGCCUGUGGAAGCGAUGGCGAUGGAAAGGAGUAUCGUCCUUUGGAAAAGCGCUUUUUUACUUCUACGUAGUCACAAUCAGCAUCAGCACUGUCACUUCUCAAAAUAUAAACUCGUCAAAAGGAUCGCAUAUAGGAGGAUCCCAAUCGAAUGAGGAGGUUUUCAUAACGAGCCCUGGAAUAGUUUGUUCAAGUGUGGAUGUAAGAAAUACGCCGCUACACUUGGAACGGCUUAAAAACUGUCGUGUGGUAGAGGGAUUCGUUCAGAUAAUGCUGAUCGAUAAGUACGACAAUGAUAGUUUCAACAGUUUCUCGUUUCCAUUACUGACCGAAAUUACGGGAUACCUGUUGCUGUUUCGCGUCAAUGGUCUGCAGACAUUAGGUCAGUUAUUUCCAAAUCUCACAGUUAUUCGCGGAAAUGAACUAGCCAACAAUUACGCACUUGUCGUCUAUGAACUAAUGCAUAUAAAGGAGUUGGGCCUCACUUCCCUGGUCGAUAUUCAACGAGGUGGUGUGCGCAUCGAGAAGAACCCCAACCUUUGUCACGCAGAUACAAUCGACUGGAAAGCGAUAGCGCCCUUUGGUGAGAAUUGGAUAAAGGCGAACCAAGAUGCAAAUGAAUGUACCACAUGCCCAAAUAACGUAACAGUUGUCCUACCCGACGGAACUUCACAAAUAAUCAGAUGUCCUUUACGAGAAAUAAGCCCUCGUGUUCCAAACGACCGGGAGAGCCAUCUGUGUUGGUCCACCAACCACUGCCAACAAAAAUGUCCCUCGAACUGCCCUAAAUCAUGUACAAGAACAGGAGAAUGUUGUAACAGCUCUUGCCUAGGCCAGUGCAGUAGUGAAAACAAGGGAUCCUGCAUGGUGUGCCGGCAUUACUAUUACAUAGACAACAAUCAUACUCGAUGCGUAAACAAAUGCCCGGAUAAUAUGUUUCUGUACAGCGAUAGUCGAUGCGUGACCGCGGAAGAAUGUUACAACUUAGAUAAGCCGCUACAGCGCGUUUCGGAUAUCAGUGACAAUCAUCCUUAUGUGCCUGCUCAAGGCGAAUGUAGACUCGAUUGUCCGGACGGCCAUGCUAUUCAACGCGGAUCACACCGCAAAAAAUGUGUUCCAUGUAAAGGACCAUGUCGUAGCGAAUGUACUGGAAUGGUUAUCGAGAGCAUAUCGCAAAUGGAGAAAGUGCGCGGAUGUACGAUCAUGCAAGGAUCGCUAUCAAUUCGGUUAAGGCAACUCGGUGGAGAGAAUGUGGUGCGGGAAUUAGAAAAUGUUUUGUAUUCGAUUGAAGAGAUCUACGGGUAUGUGACUAUCAUACGUUCGUACGCGCUGAUGUCAUUAGGUUUUUUUAGAAAUCUUAAAGUAAUUCAUGGAGAGGAGCUUAAUGCAAAUCUUUCUCUGAGCGUAAUCGAUAAUCAGAACCUACAGGAACUGUGGAAUCAAAAUGUUACCAUUAAACGCGGGAACGUCCGUUUUAACGACAACCCAAUGUUAUGCGUGAAAAAAAUAACAUCAUUAAAAAAUCAUUUUCAUGACGGUGUUAAAAUUGAGAACGAAGAACAGCUGAAUAAAACCAAUGGCGUGCGAGUAGCAUGUGAAAUCAAAAAGCUUAGCACACGUCCGACGAAAAUAUCGGUGGAUACUGCCAUCAUUCAGUGGGAGUCGUUUAAGGAUUUACCCGAUAUGAGACAGCUUCUCGGUUAUGUCGUGUACUAUAUUGAGGCGCCACAUGAGAAUGUAACAUUCUACGAUGGUCGCGAUGCCUGCAACUCGGAAGGAUGGCGUGUUGACGAUGUGCCAAACAUGCAAGAACGAGAUCAGUUCAAUCAUAUCCUCACACGUUUAAUUGCUUUUAGUCGAUAUGCAUAUUAUGUCAAAACCUACACACUGUCAUCAGAAAAUUUAGGAGGGCAGACGGAUAUAACAUAUUUUCGAACCUCACCAGGAACUCCGAAAACCGUACGGGAAUUGCACGUUUACAUCGAAAACGAUACACUGAUUAUCUCGUGGCAGGAGCCAAGUAAGAUGUUUGGUAAACUAUCGGAGUAUAAAAUCGGUGCCACACUCAAUGAUGAACAAAAUGACAUGAUUCGACAACGAAAUUAUUGCAAUGAUGCGAUUGAAACCCCGGAAUUAAAGCCAAACAUUCCACCUAAAUCCACUUCGAUUGCAACAACGCCGACACCGGUUGGUAAAGAUGGUAUUUCAACCCUGCAGACGUGUUCCAAAGAGGAAUGUGCUUCUUAUUGUCCGGCAUCUGGCAUGUCAGGGUCAGAGAGUACUCCUAAGUUUGACGCAAAUGAAGUUGAGAUGUCAAUUGGAUUUGAAGAUUGGUUACACAACUAUGUGUACAUAAAAAAUCCCAAAUCUAGCCGAAAACGUCGUGAAGAUAGUGGCAGUGGUGGAAGUGGACGUGGGGACAACGGAGAAACAAUGUCUGCAGGAGGAAAUCAGUCUUACAUAUUUCCAAUGAGUACGGAAAAUACACCAAAAAAAGUUGUAAAUUAUGCGAAUAUUCAAGAACUCAACGAAGAAUUUUUUCGUAGUCUUGGAAAAACAAGUAAUGAAACGAGAGUGACGUUUCCUCUCUCGCAUUUUAAACAUUUUGCAUUAUACACGUUUCGCGUCGUUGCUUGCCGUGAGCCGGCAGUAAAUGAUGAUCCCGAUGUGGUAGUGCAGGAUAAUGAUGAUUUUUGUGGGCCUGAAGCUUUAUUGACAUACCGAACACCGAUACUGCCCGAAGCAGAUGACAUACCAAUCGAUUCAAUUGAGCUUGAUGACCAAUCCAAUAAUACACAGAGUGUAAUUCGAGUGCAAUGGAAAGGUCCCUUAAAGCCAAAUGGUGCACUAGUCUCCUACUCAAUCAAGUAUCAACGAACAGAUCUAGAUUCAGUACAACCCACCGUUCGGUGCGUGACUGUAGACAUGCAUUCUCAUCUGGGGUAUGCUCUGCUCACUAAAUUGGACGCAGGAAACUACAGCGUGUGCAUCAAGGCCAUAACGACGGCAGGGAAUGGCCCUUAUUCGCCAGCAAAAUUUCUUUUUCUCGAGAAACGCGAAUCAAACUCUUCCAUUUUCGGCUGGGGAACAAUAAUCUUGGUGUUACUGGUGGUGGCGAUAUCCAUCAUACUUGGCGUGGUGUACUACUUCAAGAACAAGUACAAUCCCAUGUCAAACAUGCGUCUAUUCGCGCAGGUCAAUCCGGAUUACGCUGGUGUCACUUAUAAGGUUGAUGAAUGGGAGGUACCGCGAGAGCAUAUCAUACAGCUAGAAGAACUAGGCCAAGGCUCAUUCGGGAUGGUCUACAAAGGUAUAAUGACGAAGCUGGGAAACGAGGUUAACGUCAAAUGUGCGAUCAAAACGGUGACUGAGAAUGCAACUGAACGGGAGCGUGACAGCUUUCUCAUUGAGGCGACAGUCAUGAAAAAAUUUCACACGCAUCAUGUUGUCCGGCUGUACGGUGUUGUUUCCCUUGGACAACCCACGCUUGUCAUAAUGGAAUUAAUGGCAAACGGAGAUCUCAAAAGCUAUCUCAGGCGACACCGACCGGAUUACGAAAAUGGUGAAGAAUCGCUGCCGCAACCUCCAACGCUUAAACAGAUCUACCAAAUGGCUAUUGAGAUAGCUGAUGGUAUGGCAUACCUUUCGGCAACAAAAUUUGUCCACCGGGAUCUAGCCGCUCGUAACUGUAUGGUAGCUGAGGAUUUAACGGUAAAGAUAGGAGAUUUUGGCAUGACUCGUGACAUCUACGAAACGGAUUACUAUCGUAAAGGUACUAAAGGUUUACUUCCCGUCCGGUGGAUGGCUCCGGAAAGUUUGAAGGAUGGAAUGUUUUCCAGCAGUAGCGAUGUGUUCAGCUAUGGAGUUGUUCUCUGGGAAAUGGCUACUCUUGCCUCACAACCAUAUCAGGGGUUGACAAAUGAUCAGGUUCUACGGUAUGUCAUCGACGGUGGAGUCAUGGAGCGACCGGAAAAUUGUCCAGACAAAUUAUAUGAAUUGAUGCGCAUAUGUUGGCAACAUCGCGCUUCAGCUCGACCUUCUUUUAAGGUCAUCAUCGGAAUGCUUUUGUCUGAUGCGAACGAGCGUUUUAAAAUGGUAUCUUACUACUUUUCUCCAGAAGCUAUUGACAACAACUCCGUUCAGCCAAGCCAUGGUAUGUUAGACGACGUGACUGAACCGUUGCGAGCACAUGAUGAUGGCUUUGAUGAAGAUGAAGAUGAUCCUUAUUCAAUCGAAAGAACCGAUAGUCGCUUAAUGCAAAACAACGGACCGAAACCAGACAUUCGCCCUCCACAUUCUCCUCAAAGGUGA